AUGGCUACGAACCAAAGAAUUGCAUUGGAUGAGUACCAAUGGGACAUCUUACUAAGAAUUGUGGCUUAUUCUGGGAUCGAGAACAUCGCACAACUACUUACCCCUGAAAAUCGACUAUUCCUAAACCUGAAUGAACAAUUGAAACGCGCAAUCAAUCGUGUGAUUAGUGAUGAAGAUGGACUACAGUACAACAAUCGGAUCGAUAGGUACUCCUUCUUGCAUAUGUACUUGAGAACACCAAAUUGCAUUGACAAGACCCAAUUGAAAUUUCUCGACAAUGAGGAUGAAUUCCUCAUCCUUUAUAACUACUGCGUGGAGGAAAACUUACCAACAACGUUGAAUAUAGCCUACUACAUGUGGACUUCUACCGAUAUGGUUGAAUUUAGAGACCUCGUAUCCAAGUUGAGAGCAAGCACAAUCAAAUUCAAUAUAGAGCUCGAAUUUGACACAGGUUUUCAAUAUCUAUUCAAUGGUCAACAAUUUUUUGAGUCAUUAACCACUAUUGGAAGUCAAGUUAAAUCCCUUGUCAUUGAUCAGUGUAACGAGUCUUUUGGCAUAGACAUGAAGUUGUUCUCCAACAUGGAAAAUUUAAGCUUGCACUUUUGCUCCGCUUCCUCCGUAAACAACUUGCAAACCCUGAAGCUCAAACUGUUGAUGUUCGAAUGCACCGGUUCUGAAGGUGCCAAUCACCUAAUUGAUGCGUUACCACCGACAUUAGAAACUUUCCAAGCCAACGCUCACGUGAUCUUCUUGAUUUUAGAGAGAGUGAAUGCAGGAGAGUUACAAUUGCCUCAACUAGAGACAAUAACAUUCUGGAACGAAAGGAGGAGAAGGUUGCUGAUGCCCCUUGAAUUUCUCAAACGGGCAAUAUCUUCGUCGACAAAGCACCUAGAGCUAAAGAGCCUUAUAUACACUCCUGAAAUUUCCGGUGAGGUGAUAACAUUGUUGGAGAAAGCUUCCAUGCAAGGCAUGAAGUUGCAACUGCUCUCACUUAAUUUUGGACUAGACAGACCAUUGUCUGUAUAUCCAACGAAAAGUCUAACGAUCACCAAAAUGGACAAGCCAGAUAUUCUUGCUCACUUGCAAUAUCCACCAACGUUGAAGCGACUUGACUUGUCAAACAACUCAAUUGAAGACCUAUCGCUUAUCAUACCAGCUCUUCCACUCGGUCUUGAAUUCAUCAGUUUCGAACACAAUCCAAUUAGUUGGAGCACAUAUUUACCAAACUUUGCAAAAUUUGCACAAUUAAAUUAUCUCAGGUUGAUGAAUACACACAUUGGUAAGCACUUUCUGCGGUUCCAGUUUCCCGACUCGUUGGAGAUUUUGUCCCUUGAAGUGAAUCAGAUCGAGUCCAUCGAUCAUGUGAAAUUCCCUAAAAACUUGGUCAAUUUAGGUAUUGGGUCAAAUAAAAUCAAGGUGGUGUAUAAGCCUAGAUUUCCCCCAACCAUUCAAACGAUUCAUUUCACUGAGAAUAACAUAUCGAAAGUUGAUCUUUCUACUAACCAUAUUGGUCAGCCAUUACAAAUAACCACAUUAUAUUUGAAUUACAACAGAAUCACCAGUUUGAAGAAUGUUAAAUUGCCUCUGAAUUUAAUCAUUCUCAAUUUUGACAAUUGCUGCAUCGAAACAUUGCUUGACACCGAGUUUGGUAAGACGAUUGAAGAAUUGAGCUUUAGUGGAUGUGAAAUAAAGGAGUUGAAGAAUAUCACAUUUGAGAGUGGAUCUCGGUUGAAAUAUCUUUGUUUAUCGGGGAACCAACUCAGAAAAAUGGACUUAAUACCACCACAAUCUGUAACCAAUAUCAACUUAUCCUCGAAUGGAUUUACAAAGAUUCCUCCUCAGCUAGCAAAUUUGCGGCAUUUGAAGUACCUAAGCCUUGCUCAGAACAAACUUCGAACAAUAAACUUUCUGUUUCAAACUAGUAGCUUAAAGGAAUUGGAACUUUCAUACAAUAGCAUCCACAAGAUUCAGUUAUCAUUCCCUCAAAAUACUAAUACAAAUCUAAGGCUGAUCAGCUUGAGCUCUAAUGAACUAUCCCGAUUCACAAUAAAAUCGAUUGGCCAUGACGAUGGUAAAAAAGUCAGGCAUAAUAAGUUUUCUGAGAUUGACUUGUCCCAAAAUCAUAUUAUGCAAGAAGAAAUCUCCUCUAUUAUGGAAAAAAUGCCAACAUCUACUCAAUGUUUGUGGUAUUACAAAGACCUACAAUCAGAGUCCCAAUUUGGAGAUGAUUUCGUUUUGAACACUUUUCCAGGUGGCUUUUUAGUCAAGAAGCGAUGCGAUGUACCAGCCAUGACUUAA